CCCAGCUCUUCCCCCUCUCUCUCUCAGCCUCUCUCUCUCUCUUUCUCUCUCUCUCUCUCUCUUCCUCGCUCCCUCUCUUUCUCUCCUCCCUCUGCCUUCCCCGUGCAUAAAGUCUCCGUCGCUCUUGGAACUUGUUGGCAAUGCCUAUUUUUCAGCUUUCCCCCGCGUUCUCUAAACUAACUAUUUAAAGGUCUGCGGUCGCAAAUGGUUUGACUAAACGUAGGAUGGGACUUAAGUUGAACGGCAGAUAUAUUUCACUGAUCCUCGCGGUGCAAAUAGCGUACCUGGUGCAGGCCGUGAGAGCAGCGGGCAAGUGCGAUGCGGUCUUUAAGGGCUUUUCGGACUGUUUGCUCAAGCUGGGCGACAGCAUGGCCAACUACCCGCAGGGCCUGGACGACAAGACGAACAUCAAGACCGUGUGCACAUACUGGGAGGAUUUCCACAGCUGCACGGUCACAGCCCUUACGGAUUGCCAGGAAGGGGCGAAAGAUAUGUGGGAUAAACUGAGAAAAGAAUCCAAAAACCUCAACAUCCAAGGCAGCUUAUUCGAACUCUGCGGCAGCGGCAACGGGGCGGCGGGGUCCCUGCUCCCGGCGCUCCCAGUGCUUCUGGUGUCUCUCUCGGCAGCUUUAGCGACUUGGCUUUCCUUCUGAGCGCGGGGCCAGCUCCCCCCCGCGCGCCCACCCACACUCACUCCAUGCUCCCGGAAAUCGAGAGGAAGAUCCAUUCGUUCUUUGGGGACGUUGUGAUUCUCUGUGAUGCUGAAAACACUCAUAUAGGAUUGUGGGAAAUUCCGAUUCUCCUUUUGAUUUCGUUCGAUUUCUUGUGUUUUAUUUGCCAAAUGUUACCAAUCAGUGAGCAAGCAAGCACAGCCAAAACCGGACCUCAGCUUUAGUCCGUCUUCACACAAAAAUAAGGAAAACGGCAAAACCACCCCAUUUCUUUUUUAAUUUUUAUUUUUUUGGCACAAGAAUCUCAGGAACGGCCCUGGGCCACCUACUAUAUUAAUCAUGUUAAUACAUGACAAAUGAUGGGCUCCUCCUAAUAGCAAAGAGAGGAGAGGAGAAGGCCAGGGGAAUGAAUUCAAGAGAGAUGUCCGCGAGGAAGGCAUAUGGUGAAUAACUCACGCUCACGUCUUUCUUCCACAGUAUCUUGUUUUGAUCAUUUCCACUGCACAUUUCUCCUCGAGGAAAGUGAAAGGACAGAUCGUUGACUUUGUGUUUUAAGGAUAGGAGGGAGAGAGGGAAAGGAUUGAGGAAAUCUCGGGGGUAUAGGUAAAGGCUGCCAGAAGAAUCGUUGCUAAAGUCACUGAGAGGUUAAGCUUUACCUGGUGUUGUUGAUGCAUCUUUCCAAGUCCACUGCCUUUAUUUUCCCUCUCGUUUUAGCUGUUACACAUACGGUAAUACCUGAAUAUCCAACGGUAUAGAUCACAGGGGGGGAUGUUAAAUGUUAAUCUAAAAUAUAGUUAAAAAAAGAUUUUGACAUAAAAGAGCCUUGAUUUUAAAAAAAAAGAGAGAGAGAUGUAAUUUAAAAAGUUUAUUAUAAAUUAAAUUCAGCAAAAAAAAAAAGAUUUGCUACAAAGUAUAGAGAAGUAUAAAAUAAAAGUUAUUGUUUGAAA